AUGCCUUUUGGAUUUUACUCACUAUUGGAGGCCAGUAUACUCGUGUUGAACGCAAUUUGUAUCCUCCACGAACAAAGGUUCCUUGCCAAAUCAUGUCCAAAUACAUUGCAAUGCACUUUUGUAGUCCCGCUUAUAGGUUUGAACACCAUCUUGAUAAUCUUCAAACUAAUCAUGGGAUAA